GUUUUGAUGAGUCUUGAUCAUCUAACUGCUUUAAUUAGCACUUCAAAAUCCAAACGCCUGAUGACGUUUCAUCACGGUGUCUGAAAGUGAACCAUUGUUGCUAAGGAUAUGAAGUACAACCACAGUGAUAGAUAGAAGAAAGAGUUAUAGAGAAGACUAGGGAAGUGUCGUUUAUAUACCUACUACAGCUGUAUGGAAACUACACCAAACAAGACUAUAUCUAAACUUAUUGUUGAAUGGCCAGGCGCAUACCAAUUUUAAAAUGGCUUACUUUUGUCACUGUAGUAUAUUCAGGUACACUGACAGUGCUUUUUAUGUCAUCCAGCCCGCCCUUGACCCCAUGUUCCCAGAUGGAUGAAAGUCGCAAGGUAAACAAAGAUGCCACUACCAAAAAUACUGUUAACAUUCCAGAGAGCUUCCCAAAUGGAGACAACAAGGAGUGGGGCCCCCACAAAAUGACACUUAUUGUCCCUUUCAGAGAUAGAUUAGAAGAAUUACUAGAGUUUGCUCCACAUAUACAGGAAUACCUCACCAGAAAGCAUGUCAGACAUGAAAUCCUGGUUGUGAAUCAAGUUGAUUCUUUGAGGUUCAACCGUGGAUCUCUCAUUAACGUUGGUGUCUUAGAAAGCUCAAGUGACUGUGAUUAUAUAGCUAUGCACGAUGUUGACCUGCUACCCCUCAAUGACGCAUUAGAUUAUUCCUACCCAGGAGAUGGACCAUUCCAUAUAUCUGCUCCGGAUUUACACCCCUUAUAUCACUAUCAUUCGUUUAUUGGAGGCAUAAUUCUGCUGACUAAAUUCCAUUUCAAGAUGGUAAAUGGAAUGUCUAACAGGUACUGGGGAUGGGGCAGAGAAGAUGAUGAAUUUUAUGUCAGAUUAAAAAAGGCAGGACUGCUGAAAACAAAAUGGAUUGAGAAGAACGGUGAAAGUGUUCCAGAAUACGAGGUUAGAAGACCAAAGAACAUAACGACAGGUUUAGGAACAUUUCACCACAUCCAUGACAAAAGGCAAAGACCAAGAGACAAUAAAAGAUACUUUGACCAGAAAGAGAAAACGAGUAAAUUGGAUAGAGAGACAGGACUGAACAAUGUGAAGUACGAAGUACUAAAUAGACAUAAAUUGACAGUGAAUGGUACUGGUUUUACCAUGUUGGAGGUGAAACUGAAGUGUGAUUAUGAGAAAACACCAUGGUGCUUGAAAGAGGCAGAUCACCAUCUUAUAAAGAAAUAUGUAACUCCUAUACCUCCGAGAUGACCAAGAAAAGAAUGAAGUUACUGUACACGAGUCAUCAUAUAAGACAUGACCAUUUGAUUAAACUGAUUGUGAUUAUGAUUUUAUAGGAGUUCUUACAUAUAUCUUAUUAUAGCAAAGAUGUAUUUUCAGUGGUAGUUUGGAAUAACUAAAAGUUCAGUAUUAACCAGAUUUACUUAUAAAACAGUAAUUAUAGUGUAAAAAAUAAAAAGUCCAAUGAAAUUGUUGUUAGUUCCUUUAAAUUUUUUUAUUUAACUACUUUGGACCAUUAUAUUUCCUGUUUAGCAGACAUUUGUACAGUGUGUCAGUGUAGGAAAGGUAUGACACGGAUAUAUUUAUUUAUGGAAUAGUAGGAUUGAAUCAGUUUUUGUUUAUUCAGUUAUAACAUUUAUUGCAAUGUCAUAUUUUUACCUCGCCUGAUCUAUGUUAUAACACUUUGUAAACUAGUUUAUUUUUUCAUUUUUAGCAUUUUUCUAUUUAAAUUUGUUUAAGAAAAUAUAUUUCAGCCUUACAUGUGUUGCAGUAUGCAUGUGUUUAGCUCACAUAAGCACAGAGUGCUCAUAGUGAGCUGUUAAGAUCAUUGGAUGUCCAGCAGUUGUCUAAACUUUUUUAAAAGAUCAUCUCGUGAACCACUAUGCAAAUUUCAACCAAACUUCAGAGGAAUGUUCUUUGGGUGGUCCACUUUCAGAUUUCUUCAAACAUAGUUCAUUCCUUUAGAAUUCUGGUUGCCAUGGCUACCAAAAGUAAAAACUUGAGAAAUCUUGUCAGAAACUGCUUGCCAAAUUUUGAAAGAAUUUACAGAAAUGUCCCUUGGGUAACACACUAUCUAUUUUUUUUUCAAACAAUUAUAUUGAAUUUCCAUUGAAAAAUAUGGCCUGCAGGGGGCAGGGCUGGUUUAUACGGAAAAGUUUGAAAAUCUUUUCCUUCAAAACAAUUGGCUCGAUUUCAAAAUACUUUCACAGCAAUGUUCCUUGGAAGACCCUCAUCUGAAUUGCUUAAAAUCAGUUUGUUUCAUUAAAUAUAUGACAACCAGCGGACAGACUAGUUUUCCCUAUGUGACUAUAUGGAAAACUUUGUAAAUCUCUCAAGCUGCUAGUCUGUAAAAGCAGUGCAUGUAUGGUGAUUCCUUACCAAAGGGGAGAUGCUAAUUAGUCCCUAACUGGUUAAAAACCAGUUUUGGGGACUAGGAUUAUUGUUUUCCAUCCGUCUGUCAUUCUAUCUGUCCAUCUAUUCGUCCGUUUGCUAUUAGGUGUCAGGUCAUAACUCUGUUAUUUUAAAUUGAUUUUAAUUUUACUUUGCACAAAUGUUCCCCAUUAUGAGAUAACUUGUCAUGUGCAAAACUCAGACCCUUAGCACACCCAGACCCCUAUCUCAAAGUUCAAGGUCACAUUUGAAGUUCAAACAUUAAAAAUUUUGAAAAUCUCUGCUGACACUGCUGGCCAGAUCCUAAAAUAAUUUCACAGCAUUGUUCCUUUUUCAUAAUUUAUUCAGUUCAACUGCGAAUGCCUGGUGAGCUAUCUACUGCCAUCAUGGUCCUUUUGUUUUGCAUUGCAUUUCGCAUUAUUACUUUAUUGAUCAUAUAAGGUUUAUUGUCCUUUCUCUCACUGAAGUGCUCAAACUACCUCACUAUGUAUAGUGUUCUCAGAAGUAAAUAACUUACAUCUGGAUUCUUUACCUACGGGUGAUUAGGUGAGGCUAUAUUUAAUGAAAACAUUUUACUUUGUCUGGAUUAAGAUUGUUUUGCACCUAUGAUAAACUGGAAGUAAUAGCAUAAUAUGAUUUAUCUGGGUAAAGUAGAACAAAGCCAGGACUUGGCAAUAAAAAAGAUUUUUGUCGAGCCCGCUUGCGGAUGCGAAAACAUAGUUGUCCAAAUGGCUGUUCGGUGUAUGUGCGUGCGUGUGUGUGUGCAUGUGUGCAUGCGUCCGUCCGUGCGUCAGUCCGGAUUUGUUUGUCCGGACCAUAACUUUGACAUGCAUGGAGCAAUCUUGUUUAUAUUUAGCAUGAAUGUUAACCUCAGUGAGACGGAGUGUCAUGCGCAAAUCCCAGGUUCUUAUCUCAAAGGUCAAGGUCACAGUUACAGGUCAAAGGUCAAAUUAAAAAAUGACUUUGUCUGGAGCAUUUCUUCUUCAUGCAUGGAGGGAUUUUGAUGUAACUUGGCAAAAUUGUUCACCAUCAUGAGACGGAGUGUCAUGCGCAAGAACCAGGUCCCUAGGUCUAAGGUCAAGGUCACACUUAGAGGUCAAAGGAUACAAGAAUGACAACUUUGUCCAGAGCAUUUCUUCUUCAUGCAUGGAGGGAUUUUGAUGUCGCUUGGCACAAAUGUUCACCACCAUGAAGCGGAGUGUCAUGCGCAAGAACCAGGUCCCUAGGUCUAAGGUCAAGGUCACACUUAGAGGUCAAAAGUCAGAUAUAAGAAUGACUUUGUCUGGAGCAUUUCUUUUUGAUGCAUAGAGGGAUUUUGAUGUAACUUGGCACAGUUGUUCACCAUCAUGAGACGGAGUGUCAUGCGCAAGAACCAGGUCCCUAGGUCUAAGGUCAAGGUCACACUUAGAGGUCAAAGGAUACAAGAAUGACAACUUUGUCCAGAGCAUUUCUUCUUCAUGCAUGGAGGGAUUUUGAUGUCGCUUGGCACAAAUGUUCACCACCAUGAAGCGAAGUGUCAUGCGCAAGAACCAGGUCCCUAGGUCUAAGGUCAAGGUCACACUUAGAGGUCAAAAGUCAGAUAUAAGAAUGACUUUGUCUGGAGCAUUUCUUUUUGAUGCAUAGAGGGAUUUUGAUGUAACUUGGCACAGUUGAUUAUCAUCAUGAGACGGAGUGUCAUGCGCAAGAUCCUAGAAUUACUUCCCUUUGUUGUUACUAUAGCUUAUAUUCAUAACUUUUUUAUUACUGGUCGUAGGGAAAAGUCAAGACCACUUUUCUGUAGUACAACAUGCAUGUUACAUCCAAUUUUCAGGUGAAUUUUGACCUAUCUCUGCUGGUGAGGAUUUUUGUGUGGACUUUUUUUUUUACGUCCCUUUGUUGUUACUUUAAAUAACUUAUAUUGUAACUUUUUGCAAUCUCUUUUUAGCUCGACUGUUCGAAGAAUAGGGGAGCUAUCCUACUCGCCCCGGCGUCAGCGUGAGCGUCACACAAAUGUUAAAGUUUGCGUACCACCCCAAAUAUUUUCAAAGUCCAUUGAGAUAUUGCAAAAAGGAGGAGGCAACUAUAUCAAGCAUUUUGACUGAAUUAUGGCCCCUUUUCGACUUAGAAUAAAUGUUAAAGUUUGCGUACCACCCGAAAUAUUUUCAAAGUCCAUUGAGAUAUUGCUUUCAUAUUUUGCAUACUUGUUUAACAUCAUGACCCCAGUCUCUAAAAAGGAGGAGGCAACUCUAUCAAGCAUUUUGACUUUAUUAUGGGCCCUUUUCGACUUAGAAUAUACUCAUUGUAAUGUUAAAGUUUUACUCAUUGCUUAUAUUAUACUUUCAAGCACUGUGAAUAGUCGAGCGCGCUGUCCACUGACAGCUCUUGUUUUAUUUGGCAUAAAUGUUUGCCUCGAUGAGACAGGGAAUGUCUUGUGCAACUCCCAGUCCUUUUGACUGCUGGCAGGCUCGACAUGUUGCCCGUGGGCAUCUAGUUUUAUGAUUUAAUGGCAACCUGCAAGUAAAGAUACAUAUUAAAAUAACAAUGUAACUUUCUUUCUGAAGAUAGAAUAUAAUAUCAAAAUUGUUGGUACAUUAAAUACUGGUAAAUCUAAAGAAUGUCUUAAGAUCAGUUUGAAAUGUUCAAAUGUGUUUAAUUAUGGCCAGAUAUCUCCAGUACAAGCACACAGACCUUGUACAUUUUUUCACCAUGAAAUACAAUAUGUUUGUUUAUGGCUGCGUGAACUGCAUUAAAAUCUACAUUGUAAACAAAAAAUAUAUUUACAGAAAUGUCACCAAAACUGAUUUUCCCAUAUUCUCUCAUUAUGAAAACCAGUGUGAGUUUCAAACUUGAGAUCAGUUUACCAGAAAUACAAAUGGAUGAUUUUGAUAUUUAUGGAAUACCCUUAUCUGAAAUAUUUUUAGAGCUAAAAGGCUUAUGCUGUGCUUUUCAGUUUUGAUAAACAUUACUGAAGUUUAAGAACAGCUUUUAGUAACUGUCUCAAAAGUUUCGUGAAUUCAAGGUUAUAAAAUGAGCCACACCAUGAGAAAACCAAUGUUGUGGCUUUGCGACAGUCUGGUCAGGAUCCAUGCUGUUCACUUUCAAAGCCUAUUGCAAUUAGAGAAACCAUUAGUGAACAGUAUGGAUCCUGACCAGACUGUGCAGAUGCACAGGCUGGUCUGGAUCCAUGCUGGUUGCAAACGCACUAUGUUGGUUUUCUCAUGGCGCUGCUCAAAUGAAUUAAGAGACCAGUCUCAAAUCUCCAGCGCCAGAUUAAUUCUAAGCUUCUUUAUUUGGUUAGGAAAGCUUUACUUUUAAUACUGCACAAUUGAGAGUGAACAGUUAGAGCUACAAAGGGAGGUAAUCAAAGACAACAGAUCAAUAAAACCUUCUGCCUCUGUGAUCAGUGUAGAUCAUGAUCUGCACUGUUUGCCAUUCAGUCAAUAGUAUUAUUUGGUAAGCACCCCUUUUAACAGUUAAUGGUACUGUCAAAAUUGAAAGAUGGACAAGUUCAUUAUAGAUAUUUAGCAGGUUAAAUGUCAACAGGGAGUGAUUAUAUAUGCUAAAACCAGGUUUGCUUUGUAGCUUAUAGGUGGUGGUCUACUUUUUAUCAUAAGGUCCAUAGAUGUCUUUUUUGUUUUACUAUAUUAAUGUUUUAUCACAUUUUAACAUUUAAUUUCUUUUUGAUGUUUUUAUUAGUUCUUUUUUAUUAUACUGAAUGAUAAAUAUUCUAUUCCAUUUUUUUGUGCCCCCCCAUGAGUGGUGGGGGCAUAUAGAUUUGGUCUUGUCCGUGCGUCCGUCCGUCUGUCCAUCCGUCCAUCCAUCCGUCCGUCCGAAGUUCGUGACACGCCUAGCUCAAAAAGUAUUUGAUAUAAAUUCAUGAAACCUUGCUUGUAUAUUAAUCAUGAUAUGAACUUGCACACCUCCUAUUUUUCAUUUGGGUCCGCCCCCUAUUUUCAGAGUUAUGGCCCCUGAAAUAGUCAAAAAUGCACAUUUUCACCUUGUGACAUGCCUAGCUCAAAAAGUAUUUGAUAUAGAUUCAUGAAACCUUGCUUGUAUAUUAAUCAUGAUAUGAACUUGCGCACCUCCUAUUUUUCAUUUGGGUCCGCCCCCUAUUUUCAGAGUUAUGGCCCCUGAAAUAGUCAAAAAUGUACAUUUUCACCUUGUGACAUGCCUAGCUCAAAAAGUAUUUCAUAUAAAUUGAUGAAACCUUGCAUGAUUCUUUAUCAUGAUAUGAACUUGCGCACCUCCUUUUUUUCAUUUGGCUCCGCCCCCUAUUUUUUGAGUUAUGGCCCCUGAAAUAGUCAAAAAUGCACAUUUUCACCUUGUGACGCGCCUAGCUCAAAAAGUAUUUGAUAUAGAUUCAUGAAACCUUGCAUGUGUAUUAAUCAUGAUAAGAACUUGCGCACCUCCUAUUUUUCUUUGGGUCUGCCUCCUAUUUUUUGAGUUAUGGCCCCUGAAAUAGUCAAAAAUGCACAUUUUCACCUUGUGACACCCCUAGCUAAAAAAGUAUUUCAUAUAAAUUGAUGAAACCUUGCACGAGUCUAUAUCAAGAUAUGAACUUGCGUACCUCCUAUUUUUCGUCUGGCUAUGCCCCCUAUUUUUAGAGUUAUGGCCCCUGAAAUGGUCAAAAAUGCACAUUUUCACCUUGUGACGCGCCUAGCUCAAAAAGUAUUUAAUAUAAAUGGUUGAAAACAUGCAUAAGUCUUUAUCAUGAUAUAAACUUGCACACCUCUAAUUUUUUGGCUGGUUUCACCCCUAUUUUUAAAGUUAUGGCCCCUGAAAUGGUAAAAAAAUGCACUUUUUCACCUAAUUAUGUGCCUAGCUCAAAAAGUAUUAGAUGUAAAUUCAGGAAACCUUGCAGGAGUCUUUAUCAUGAUGUGGCCUUGCACUCUUGGCAUUCUUCUUGAGAAUCUUACUCUUAUUACAGAGUUAUGGCCCUUGAAAUAGCCAGAAUAGUGGAUUUUUUGUUUGUGAUGCUCAUAGCUCAAAAAGUAUAGGGCCUAGAAUAAUGAACCCUUUUCAUAAAAUGUUUGUUGAGGCUAUACCCCAUUAAGACUGCAAACAUUUGAAUUAUUGCCCCUUAUUUGUGACUAAUGUACCAGUGGGGGGCACACCCUGUGUCCUACAGACACAUUCUAGUUUGUAUUUACUCUGCAUAUACAAGUAGUAAGUGUAUUUUAUUUUAUUUUUACUGCAUUGAAUUCAGUCAUUUAAAUCAAAUGUGUAUGAAAAGUUUUUGAAUAUUUUUUAUUUCUGUCUAUGUCUAAAUUAGAUAGGACUAUUAAGUCCUAGACUGGCUCCCGUCCCUAUGUUUGUUCUUAUUUACAUAUAUCAGUGUUUUUAGCUCACAUGUCACAAAGUGACAAUGUGAGCUUUUGUGAUCACGCAGCAUCCGUCGUCCGUCCGUGCGUGCGUAAACUUUUGCUUGUGACCACUCUAGAGGUCACAUUUUUCAUGGGAUCUUUAUGAAAGUUGGUCAGAAUGUUUAUCUUGAUGAUAUCUAGGUCAAGUUCGAAACUGGGUCAACUGCGAUCAAAAACUAGGUCAGUAGGUCAAAUAAUAAAAAAACCUUGUGACCUCUCUAGAGGCCAUAUUUUUCAUGGGAUCUGUAUGAAAGUUGGUCAGAAUGUUCAUCUUGAUGAUAUCUAGGUCAGGUUCGAAACUUGGUCAACUGCGGUCAAAAAGUAGGUCAGUAGGUCAAAUAAUAAAAAAACGUUGUGACCUCUCUAGAGGCCAUAUUUUUCAUGGGAUCUUCAUGAAAGUUAUUCAGAAUGUUCACCUUGAUGAUAUCUAGGUCAAGUUCGAAACUGGGUCACGUGCCGUUAAAAACUAGGUCAGUAGGUCAAAUAAUAGAAAAACCUUGUGACCUCUCUAGGGGCCAUACUUUUGAAUGGAUCUUCAUGAAAAUUGGUCAGAAUGUUCACCUUGAUGAUAUCUAGGUCAGUUUCGAAACUGGGUCACGUGCCUUCAAUAACUAGGUCAGUAGGUCAAAUAAUAAAAAAUCUUGUGACCUCUCUAGAGGCCAUAUUUUUCAGUGGAUCUUCAUGAAAAUUGGUUAGAAUUUUUAUCUUGAUGAUAUCUAGGUCAGAUUCAACACUGGGUCACAUGAGCUCAAAAACUAGGUCACAAUGUCAAAUAAUAGAAAAAAACGACAUCAUACUCGGUUUAAAACUGGGUCAUGUGGGGACAGGUGAGCGAUUCAGGACCAUCAUGGUUCUCUUGUUCAUUAAGAGGGAAGUAACUCCAGAAGGUUGUUUCUACAUUGAUAUUUUUUAUUGCCCCUGGCUCCAAACAUAGGUAUGGUUCAGCCAUCAGAUAAAAUUGUGCUAUUUUAGAGUCUUAAAAUUUUCUAAUAAAAUGUUUCCUGUAUUUUUAUGAAAAAUAACCAUGCAGCCAGGGAGCCAGGCUAAUUAAGUCCUUGUAUAAUGAUAAUUGAAAAUCAUUUUGCCGUUCUUUGCUGCCGAAAAAGAGACCCUGGCUUAACAUUGUGGCAUAACCCUGAAAGCAGUCGACUUGUUUUUCAUUCUAUACAGUAACUUUUAAUUCACUGAGGGGAAAUUGGGGUAACUUGAUCCAAUGAAAGAUGGCAGCCGAUGAGAUAAAUUGGGAAGUACAAACAUUGACUAAGUUUAAAGUUUAUCUCCCUUGAUGAUUUGUAGUUUUACACAUUUUUGAUCAUUAAUACAAUGAUAAUUCUAUUGUAAAGGAAGUGUUGAGCCAAAGAACUAUUACCUUUUUUUAAUCAUUGUAGAAUUAUUUCCCUGUUUGUUUUAUUAUAUUAAAUUUUUUUCUCUAUUAUAUAUAUAACAAGUCUACUGAAACUUUGCAAAAAAGGCUUACAGUGGUGGUAUGACUCACAUUUAGUGAUAGCUCUAAGUUAUACUGCAGUAUGUGCCAUACAAUUUAUUCUUACAUGUACUUGAAAAUCAUUCUUUUUUGCUAAAAGUGUAUCCUCAUGUUAUUUAUAUUAAUUUGAAUUUUAUUGAAAUUGAAUAAAAGUAUUUAUUGAAAUCGUU